AUGAACAAUUUUAUAGUCAUUCUAGUCCCAAUGGUGCGCAGCCCUAUGAAAUGCCAGCCACAUCCAAAACCCGCCCUCAAAGCGGCGGAGGCUAUCGAGAAACUUGCGUCAGUUGCAUGUCGACGAACUGGGCUCGUUCCGCCUCUCACCAAGGCACCUCAGCUCCAAACUCUCAAACAUGAAUUGAUGAAGUCCAUAGAGGAGCUUGCAACACGAAGACAGAUCAUUGGCACACCACUGACUGUUGACGAGAUUCUCGACCCUCAGGAAGAGAAGUGGAUUGGGGAAGUAACUGGUUAUGGAGAUGAUGGUGCAAUUGUUGCAGAAAUUCAGUGCCGGCAAGGAAUUAGGAGCGGGGAGCUGGUUGAAGUGGAAUCAGAUGAUGAGGCAGACUGA